GUCCCGACCCAGAAAGUCCCGAAUUGGACAUCAAAACUCUUCUAGAGGGAACAGCAGGGUGAAGUUCUCUACAACAUCGCACUGACGAUGGCCACAACCACAGCACAACGCACCGUCACCUCGGACAGCAUCGAGCUGGCGGACCAACUCUCAGUGUCUCACUCUCGACAAACAUCAACGGGGAGCAACGUAGCCUUUCCUUCUCACUCGCAAAGUGCCCUGCCGCCCACCGAUGAAGGCUACCUGGCAUACAUCGCCCUCGCCGGUGCCUUCGUCAAUAACGCUCUGAUCUGGGGGUUUGCUCUAUCAUUCGGAGUCCUGCAAGAGCAUUACACGAACAAUCCUCCUUUCAAUGCUGCGCCUGGCGGUAUCGCCGCCAUCGGAACGACAUGUACUGGACUCAUGUACCUCACCAUGCCGGUCUUCCUCUCCGCAUUCCAACGCUGGCCAUGGACGAGGAAGUAUUCGAUGUGGACUGGCGUGCCGGUCUCGGCCAUUGCGCUAGUUGGUGCAUCGUUUGCACAGACAAUACCGCAGCUAUUGGUAUGCCAGGGCAUCUUGUACGGCUUGGCUGGCAAUGCGUUGGUGAUGCCAACGAUCAACUUCAUCAAUGAGUGGUGGAUAAGGAGAAGAGGUUUUGCCAUCGGCGUGGCAAUUGCUGGCGAUGGCUUUGGAGGUGUGGUCAUGCCGCUGAUACUACAGGCGUUAUUGGAAAGAGUUGGGUUUCGCUGGACACUUCGAAUCGUUGCCACCAUAAUUGUGACGCUGUCUCUGCCGUUACUGUUCCUGAUGAAGCCUCGUCUUCCCAUCUCUGCAACCUACGUCUCCCCUCGCGUGGACCUUUCCUUCUUACAGAGUCGCCUAUUCUGGAUCUUCCAACUGUUCAACACGAUUCAGGCUUUAGGCUACUUUCUACCAGUGAACUACCUGCCAUCGAUUGCAGAGGAGCUCGGACUUAGCCCUACUCUUGGUUCGCUCACGGUCCUGCUGGUGAACCUGGGUAUGAUCUUCGGCUGCCUCGCCGUAGGCAGUCUGGUCGACCGCUUCGAUGUGACGACUGUCCUCCUCGGAGUCAGCACAAUUUCAGGAUUCACGGUCUUUGCUAUCCUAGGGCUGAGCAUAGUCACGGCACCAUUAUUCAUCUUUAGCAUCAUGUACGGCUUGACGGCCGGUACUUACUCCACACACUGGGGAGGCAUGAUCAGAGAGCUGCAAAAGAAGCACGACGGAACCGACGCCAACCUUGUCUUUGGAUUGUUUGCGCUUGGAAGAGGCGUCGGUUCGAUCAUCAGUGGCCCGCUCAGCGAAUCUCUGGUUGCGAGUGGAAAGAUCUGGCACGAUUCUGCGACAUCGACGUACGUGAGUGAGUAUGGACCGAUCGUCAUCUUCUCGGGGUGUACGGCAUGUGCUGGCGGUCUUGGUUGGUUCGUUCGAAAGGCUGGCUUUAUCUGA